AUGGAUGAGGUGACGGAGCUGGAGAUGGGGGGGAACUCCCUCCUGAAGGCAGUGUGGCUCGGCCGGCUCCGGCUGACCCGACUGCUGCUGGAAGGGGGGGCUUACAUCAACGAGAGCAACGAGAAAGGGGAGACCGCCCUGAUGGUGGCCUGCAUCACCAAGCACGUCGACCAGCAGAGCAUUAACAAGGCCAAGAUGGUGAAGUACCUGCUGGACAACAGAGCCGACCCCAACAUCCAGGACAAGUCCGGGAAAACAGCCCUCAUGCACGCCUGCAUCUGCGGCGCUGGGGGGGACGUUGUGUCCCUGCUGCUGGAGAACGGGGCAGACCCCAGCCUGGAGGACCACUCGGGAGCAUCAGCUCUGGUCCACGCCAUCAACGCCGACGACAAGGACGUGCUGCAGCACCUCCUGGAUGCCUGCAAGGCCAAAGGGAAGGAGGUGAUCAUUAUCACCAUGGACAAAUCGGCCUCUGGCACCAAGACCACCAAGCAGUACCUGAACGUUCCCCCCUCGCUGGAGUUCAAGGAGAGGGCCCCCCCUGAGGCGUGCACAGCACCCUCCAGCGCCCACCUGAAAACUCCCGUCUCAGCACCUUCCCCCGCUGAGAAGGAGAACGGCAUCUUCGGCCCACACCCAUCACACCCCGGGGACACCCCCUCUGCCAGGGCUGCCGACGAGCCCCCCUCCCCGGGACGGAGAGCUGGCAUGGCCAGGAGAGCCCGCCUGCCCCAGCUGAAACGGCUGCGGUCAGAGCCGUGGGGUCUGGUCGCACCCUCGGUCCUGGCAGCCUCCGUGCACCACGACGACACGCGGGUCUGUGUGGACGAUGAGGUGAUCAUGGGCAUCGGCGACCUCUCACUCUCCAAAAAGUCUCCACUCACCUGGAGCGGCAGCAGCAAGAGCAAGGACCCCUCUCUCUUCCCCCCGGUAGACAAGCAGGCUCUGAGGACGCUGCCAGCCCCCGGGCCACUGGCGAGGAAAGCAGCCUACGAGAAGAGCCAGACUGCCCACCAGCGCCUGCCCCGAAGGAGCACGGUCCCCGAAGAGCCAGAGAGCGUCUGCUCCGGUGCUGCUGGCUCGGCCAUGGUGAUGGAUGCGCUGCACUGGCGGAGGCUGGGCACCGAACACUACGACUGUGACCCCCAGCUUUCCGGCGUCCCCAGCCCAGCCGAGGUGGGGAAGGUGCCGUCGGAGAGGAGGAAGCUCAGUGGCUCCCACCUGGCCUUGCUGGGCGGCUCGCGGGAGUCCCUGGACAGCAUUGCCAGCACAUCACCCGGGACUGUCCGGCGCCGACCCCCUGGUUUGCUGGAGAGGCGAGGGUCCGGGACCCUGCUUCUGGACCACAUCUCCCACACAAGGCCGGGAUAUCUGCCCCCCCUGAAUGUGAACCCCAACCCCCUGAUCCCCGACAUCGGCUCCAACAGCAAAACCUCCUCCCUGCUUGCUGCUGGCUUGAAGUCCCUGGUACCCAUUGCUCCCAGCUCGCCCAGACGGGGCGACUUGAGAGCCAAAAGGAAGCUUCUCCGGAGACACUCCAUGCAAGUGGAGCAGAUGCGGCAGCUCUCUGAUUUCGAGGAAAUAGUGGCCCAGUAG